AUGCCUCUCUUUGCCAAAAAGAAAGAAAAGAAAAAAAGCAGCUGCAGUCCCGCCUUCGAUCCGACUUUGGUGCAGGAUAAAGUUGUUGCGAUCCGAUCUCGAAACAAGGGAGAAGGUCCACGGAACAGCGCCAGAACGGCACCAGCGUCUCAGGUGCGGUUGGGCGAGAAACUCAAAAUGGGUGAGUGA